AUGGAAUCUGUGGUUUUGAUAGGAGAAAUCGGUUCUGGAAAAACCACCCUUUUUAAUAAAAUAACAAACUCAAAUGAAUUAACUAUAUCAGGAGGAGAAUCAGUAACAAGAAACGUUUUUUAAAAGGCUUCUUUUUAUGGAAAAGGAUUCAAAGUAAAUGAUACACCAGGAAUGGGUGUUUUAGAAGAUAAAAUAUAACAUUGCGCUGGAAUUUUGGCAGCAUUGGCUGAAAGUCCAGUCAGUAGAAUUAUUUUUGUUGUCAAAUUUGAUAGAACACCAUUGAUUGCUAAAAAAGUUAUGGAAAUAACUAAGGCAUUUUAAAGAUUUAAACCUAUAAUCACUAUUGCUAUUACACAUUUUGAUUUAUCAGUAUAAUAAGCUAACAAUAAAUAAGAUAUUUCUAAUUUGAUAUUAAAAUAAAAUAUUCAAUCUGUUAUUUUUAUCAGUAAAUUUGAUAGUGGUGAGAAGAUAUGUUAGGAAAUAGAUUAAAUUUUGGCUAAUUCUAUAAAAACUGAUGUCAUUUUGUAAGAUUACGAGUAUUUAAGUCAUAUGGAUCUAGUUGAAUACAAAAAUGAUCCAAGUCAAGCUGAAUAUGAUUUAGAAUUAUCUUCUAAAAGCAUUUAAACAGAAUUUUAAAAAAUUGCACAUAAAAUCAAAAAUAAAAUACCACAAAUAGAGACAACUGAUCCUGAUAUUACAAAUAAAAUGUAAGCACUUAUGGAUUUUAUAAAGAAUGAAGGAGAAAAAGUUGUAGAAAAAUAUUUAAAGGAGCAAGAUACUAUUUAUGAAUAACUUGUUCUAGAUAAUAAAGAAAUAAUUAUGAUUUUAGUACAUUUUAGACUAAAAAAAGCUUUAUCAAUUGAGAUUGAAGAUAUUGUUGAAAGAGCUUAGAAUAGGAUAAAAAUAAACAAAUAUCAUUGUUUUAAUUUUAUCAAAAAAUGCAACUAUUGUAAAAAAAUAUGGCUUAAAGUUGAAGGUAGUUGUACAACAUAUUGUGGAUCUGUUCCUUAAAAUAAAAAUGAUUAAAUGUUAUAAAAUGAAGUAGCACCAUAAAAAUAUGAUGUCAUACUAAAAUAGGAUGAUGUAGAACUAAAAUUAAAUGGUAAAUAUGUACAACAAACAGAAUCAAUAUAGAAAUUAAUUUAAUAGAAAUAAAAAGAAUUAAAAAGCCAAAAAAAUUAAAUUCAAUUGGACAGAAAAGAAAGAGUAGUUUUUAAAUCUCCUUGGGGGACGACAGUAAUACUAGGAGAAUUUGGAUGUGGCAAUAAAAUUGAUUGGAGAACUAUGGAACCUUUGACUGAAGGAGAAUUGAAAGAAUUAUUGGAUCCUGGCUUAUCAGAUUAUUACAAGGCAAAAGAUGUAGAAUUCAAAAAUGAGGAAAUGAUAAAAAAAUAUGUAUUAAAAGCUAUCGAUAAACAAAAAUAAUCAAUAAAAAGAUUGUGA